AUUCAAAAUUUAAAAUACAACGUAAACAUUCAUUAUUUACAUAUUCGAACAAUAAUUAAUAAAUAGAACAUAGGGUAAUAUUUGUAAUAUUAAGGAAAUCGUGUAGAAAUGACGGUGUUAGUGCUUUCAUUCAAUACUUGAAUCAAUUAUUGCGUAUUAUUUUACAGUGUAAGUGAAUUAACCUUACCAGGCAACAAUACCACUUUGUAGACGAUGAUGAAUCAGCUGCAAAGCAACCUCAGAGACCAACUGGCCGAAGUGGAAAGCCUGCAGUCCGUGUUUUACAAGCCGGGCGAAAUCAAAGUGGAAGACUCCACCAUUUUGCGCGACAUUAACGAUUUCGUCGACGAAAAGAGCGCCAUGCCUCCGCCAUAUUUGGAUUUCGUGAUAAAUCUCGUUAUAGACGAUUUGAAAUUCGAGACCUGCGUAACUUUGUCGCACGAAUAUCCUCAAACCGAGCCCGAAAUAUUCGUCAGGAAUCACAAAUUAAACAGACAGCAGCACGUCCAGCUCAAUAAGGACCUCAACGAGUUCAUCUCCAGCCAAGAAAGGGGCGAGCCCUGCGUAUUUUCGGCGGUUUCCUGGCUGCAGGACAACGCUUCGGAGUACGUGCAAACCGUUAAAGAGGAGAAAUCGCAGGAUGCGCUGACGAGGAACGAGAAUUUGAUCAGAUAUUGGAUCUACUCGCAUCACAUCUACAGCAAAACCAAGAGGAAAGAAAUCGUCGAAUUGGCGCAACAGUUGAAAUUGACCGGUUUUUGCCUGCCAGGUAAGCCGGGCGUGAUCUGCAUAGAGGGCGCUUCCAGCGACGUGCUGGAUUGGUGGCAAACGAUAAAAUCGAUGACGUGGAAGAAGAUAUUCGUCAAAGUGGAAGAGGAAGAUAACGAAGAGGAGGGCGGGAAGUUUUCCAAAUUCGAGAAUUUCGAAGAGGUGUAUUUUCAAAACAGCGGCGUUAAAUUCAAUCACAUGGAUAUGGGGGAGUUUUACAGGUUCCUGGAUGUGCGGGGGUUGGGGUACAUUUUUAAAGACCUUUUCGGCGUUGAAACUAAGGCUAACUAAUUACUUGCUCUUGGUGAUUGCGGUUCACUGCGGAUGACCAAGUGCCAAUCUGGCAACGAUGCAAAUUGUACCGAUUG